ACCACCCAGCCCGCGUCCUACGCUCCACCCAAGCCCACCCACCUAUUCCGUCGCAUUUUCGCAACUUUCCUUCAAUAUGGCCGACAACGACGCCCAGCAUGAGCACACCUUCGAGAGCGCCGAUGCCGGUGCCUCCAUGACCUACCCCAUGCAGUGCUCUGCCCUGAGGAAGAACGGCUUCGUCUGCAUCAAGAACCGCCCCUGCAAGAUCGUCGAAAUGUCGACCUCCAAGACUGGCAAGCACGGCCACGCCAAAGUCCAUCUUGUCGCCAUCGAUAUCUUCACUGGCAAGAAGCUUGAGGAUCUUUGCCCCUCCACCCACAACAUGGACGUCCCCAACGUCCGCCGCCAGGAGUACCAGCUCCUUGACGUUACUGACGACGGCUUCCUCUCCCUGAUGUCCGACGACGGCACCACCAAGGACGACGUCAAGCUCCCCGAGGGUGAGGUUGGUGAGAAGAUCAACAAGCUCUUCACCGAGGAGGGCAAGGAUACCAACGUUAUCGUCCUCACGGCCAUGGGUGAGGAGGCUGCCAUUGAUGCCAAGGAGGCUCCUAAGAGCGGUUAAACUGUUCGUCUUCCGGACGUUUAGGUUCUUUGCGGAGAGGAGUUGAGGGAGUGUGAUGGGUGCAACGGGACAAAAAUAACGGGUGGUCUGCAUAUGUCUAUAUGUAGGCUUGCAGUGUUUGGCAUCUCACAUUGCUACGGUUGCGCCCUACCGAUGGCCCCGAGUUUGGACCUUCGGACGGUUUGGGACGAUUUCUUUGCAUUACGACCUUCCUCCUCUUACAUAGAGGAAGCCUCACUAGUGUGGUUCUCAGGGGCGCCCGUCUAGAUCAUCUUUGUACCUAGGUAGUGGCACUGGUGGUG